GGCGCAGAAAGUGCGCAGUGCCGGUCCAGUUCUCGGUGAUCCUGACCUCUCCUAGUCCGGUUCUGGAGAAGUGAUGUAUUUUCUCUUUGUUCGGCCUUGAUUUAAUACACCAGUCGCAGUGAACGGAGCAGGGAUCGAACCAGGCCUCCUGACCUCUAUCAGAGCAUGUCCACCAUGGUUUACCCCCAUGAGGAGCGACUCGAGAAGCUGACGCAGGAGGAGAUCAUCUCCAGCACUAAACUGGUGAUUCAGGGCCUGGAAGCUCUCAAGAGCGAGCACAACUCCAUCCUGCAUAGUCUGCUGGAGACCAUCCAGUGCUUAAAGAAAGAUGAGGAGGCCAGUUCAGUUCACGAAAAGUCCAACCUUCUGCGCAAGUCAGUGGAGAUGAUUGAGCUGGGCCUGGGUGAAGCACAGGUGAUGAUGGCCCUGUCCAGCCAUCUGAAUGCCGUGGAGUCAGAGAAACAGAAAUUGCGCGCUCAGGUGCGACGGCUCUGUCAGGAGAACCAGUGGCUGAGGGACGAGCUGGCGAACACUCAGCAGAAACUGCAGAAGAGUGAACAGAGUGUCGCACAGCUGGAGGAGGAGAAGAAACAUCUGGAGUUCAUGAACCAGCUCAAGAAAUAUGACGAUGGCACCUCGCCAGAGGAAGAGAAAAAUAGUGAGGCUCCCAAAGAUGCCCUGGACGAUUUGUUUCCCAAUGAUGAAGAUUACCAGGUCUCCCAUCAGCACAACAGCGCCGCGGUGGCGGCCGCGCAGCAGGGCGGGUACGAGAUCCCGGCCCGCCUCAGGACCCUCCAUAACCUGGUGAUCCAGUACGCCGCCCAGGGCCGCUACGAGGUGGCCGUGCCUCUCUGCAAACAGGCUCUGGAGGACCUGGAGAAAACCUCUGGACACGACCAUCCCGAUGUGGCCACCAUGCUCAACAUCCUGGCUCUGGUCUACAGGGACCAGAAUAAAUACAAGGAAGCGGCCCAUCUCCUGAAUGAUGCCUUGUCAAUCAGAGAGAAGACCCUGGGCAAUGACCACCCAGCUGUGGCGGCCACCCUCAACAACCUGGCGGUCUUGUAUGGGAAGAGAGGAAAAUACAAGGAAGCAGAACCGCUGUGCAAGAGAGCCUUGGAGAUCAGAGAGAAGGUGUUGGGACGGGACCACCCGGAUGUGGCCAAGCAGCUGAAUAACCUGGCCCUGCUCUGCCAGAAUCAGGGGAAGUAUGAGGAGGUGGAGUAUUAUUACUGCAGGGCUCUCGACAUCUACGAGAAAAGACUCGGACCCGAUGACCCAAAUGUUGCCAAGACCAAAAACAACCUGGCUUCAUGCUAUCUGAAACAGGGCAAGUACAAGGAAGCUGAGAUUCUCUACAAAGAGAUCCUGACGCGCGCCCAUGAGAAAGAGUUUGGAUCUGUAGAUGCUGAAAAUAAACCCAUCUGGAUGCACGCUGAGGAACGAGAAGAAAGCAAAGGAAAGCUGGCAGAUGGGAAUCAUUAUGGAGAAUAUGGUGGCUGGUACAAAGCCUGCAAGGUGAACAGCCCCACAGUAAACACCACGCUGAGGAACUUGGGUGCCCUGUACCGUAAACAGGGUAAACUGGAGGCGGCCGAGACCCUUGAGGAGUGUGCCAUGAGGUCCCGCAGACAGGGAGCGGCAGUGGACCCUCAGAGAGAUGGAGAGAGGCGCAGGAGCACUGCAUCGAUCUCCAGCGUGAAGUACGACUGCAGCAGUGACGCCGGAGACGAGGGCAGUGUGGAGUGGAAUGGGGAUGGGUCUCUCAGGAGAAGCGGCUCUUUCGGGAAACUCAGGGAAGUCCUGCGCAGAAGCAGCGAGAUGCUGGUGAAGAAGAUCCAGGGAACGAUGCCACCAGAACCUCGCAACUCAAAUAUGAAGAGAGCCGCGUCCCUCGGCUACCUGAACAGUAAUGGAGAUGAAGACGACUCUUUCCAGGGUUCGGGGGCCGUGAGGACGCUGAGAAACAGCAGACCUCUCAGCUCAAGCACAGUGGAGCUCUACAAAAGCACAGACUCAUGAAAAAUACAUGCGUCUUCUGGCUCUUUAGCACUAGAUUUGUAUAUGUUGGAAGCUUUGGUUCAUGUGCUGAUGUUUUCAGCAUUCUCUCACACACUCUUAUAAAUCACGCAUGUUUCAGCAGCAGUCCAUCCUUAAAUGAAAACUCGUUAUGCUCACUCUCAUGUGGACCACAAAUGUGUCUCUGACCACACAGCUAUUUUCCAUACAGUGUAAGUGAAUGGAGAUGAGUGCUGCCAAACUCUUAAAAAGUCCAUUAAAGUAGCCUAUAAAUCUUGAGCACUAGAGUCAUGCUGUACAGACCAAACUGCAUGUCUUCCCUCUGGGUGAAGACCUUCACCAAUAAUCUCUCCGUCUCCAAAAUCAAGUCAAUAUGUGUGGAACCAGACUUAAUCACAAUAUUGCACUACUCUUAUGGUGCCUUUUUGCAUCGUGACAAUGGCACAAAUGAAAUAAACUGUGCUUUGGGUCUAUCGGUAGUAUUCAGGUACAACAUGCCGCAGAAAUUGAAUAAUCAAAUGUAAAAAAUAAAACACUGCAAAGUUUGUAUGAAUUAAAUAUAGAAUGAAGUUAUGAAAUUAAAUCUCACAAUUCUGACUUUUUCUCACAAUUAGGAGUUUAUAUCUCAAAAUUCAAGAUUUGUUUUGGUAAUUGCAAGGUUAAAUCACUAUUGUGACUUUUCUUUCGCGAGUUCAUGUCUUGCAAUUCUCACAAUUGUAAGUUUAUAUCACAUCUGACAUUUUUCUAGCAAUUACAAGUUUAUGCCUUAGAAUUCAGACUUUUUUCUCGCAAUUACUAGUUUAUAUCUUGAAAUUCAGACUUUUGAAUUUGUAGACUUUUGCCUUUUGCAAUUGUGAGUUUAUAUCACAACUCCAAUUUUUUGCAAUUACGAGUUUACAUCUCACAAUUUAGACUUUUUUCUUGCAAUUGCAUGUUUAAAUCACAAUUCUUACUUUAUUCUUGGAAUUGCGAGUCAGAAUUGCGAGUUUAUAUCUUGCAAUUUAAAAAAAAUUCUCACAAUUGUACGUUUUUAUCACAAAUCGGACAUUUUUCUAGCAAUUACAUGUUUAUGCCUCAGAAUUCUGAUUUUUCUCGCGCAAUUACGUGUUUAUAUCUCGCAAUUCAGACUUUUUUAUUGCAAUUGCAUGUUUAUAUCACAAUUCUUUAUUCUUGGAAUUACGAGUCAGAAUUGUGAGUUUAUAUCUUGCAAUUAAAAAAAAAUCUCACAAUUGUAAGUUUACAUAACAAAUCUGACAUUUUUCUAGCAAUUACAAGUUUAUGCUUCAGAAUUCUGACUUUUUUCUCGCAAUUACGCGUUUAUAUCUCGCAAUUCAGACUUUUUUCUUGCAAUUGCAUGUUUAUAUCACUAUUCGGACUUUUCUCACAUUUACGAGUUUACAUCUCACAAUUUGGAGUUUUUGCGUGUUAAUAUCACAAUUCUUACUUUAUUCUUGGAAUUGCGAGUCAGAAUUGUGAGUUUAUAUCUUGCAAUUUAAAAAAAUUCUCACAAUUUUCAUUUUUUAUCACAAUUACGGUUUUUAUCACAAUUUUAUCACAAUUUACGUUUUUUUCUAGCAAUUACAAGUUUAUGCCUCAGAAUUCAGACUUUUUUUCUCGCAAUUACUAGUUUACAUCUUGAAAUUCAGACUUUUGAAUUCGUAGACUUUUGCAUUUUGCAAUUGUGAGUUUAUAUCACAAUUCCAAUUAUUUGCAAUUACGAUUUUAUAUCUCACAAUUCAGACUUUUUUCUUGCAUUUGCAUGUUAUUCUGACUUUUCUCACAUUUACGAGUUUACGUCUCACAAUUUUUACUUUUUUUCUUGCAAUUGUGCAUUUAUAUCACAAUUCUUACUUUAGAAAAUUGUGAAAUUGCGAGUUUAUAUCCUGCAAAUUGAGACUUAACUGUGAGAUAUACUGUAAAUUCGCAAUUGUAAGAAAAAAGUCAAUAUAGAGUGAUAAAGUCACAAUACCCUUUUUUUAUUCCAUGGCAAAAACAACACUGUAAAAAUGAAUGCGCUUUAUCUAAUCAAAAAAAUUGUGGCAACAGAUU